CCUUGCUCUUCAUUUGAUUCAUUCCAUUCUCCACAGCAGCGUAAAUGUUGAUGAUGGAGGACGACGAAUUAGACGCUCAUCAGGUUGAUUCGGAUUUCGAGCCGCAAAGCCGGCCUCGCUCGUGCACCUGGCCGCUGCCUUGCCCGGAGGAUUUCCCUGGUGGACACGAGGUCAGCGGGGGUCUUCCGCUGGCCAACAUCAAGGUGGAACCAGAGGACGUCCCGGCUUGCAGAGCGGGGCUCGUGGGCGGAACGCCGGGAGAGCUGAAGCAUCCAGCCGGCGCCCCGGCACCCACAGGCGGGACGCACCCAUGCCUGGCUGGCGCGGCGCUCGAUGUGACCGGACCGCUGCGCAAAGCCAAGUCCUCGCGGCGGAACGCGUGGGGGAACCAGUCCUACGCGGAUCUCAUUACCCGCGCCAUUGAGAGCACCCCAGAAAAGAGGCUCACGCUGUCACAGAUAUACGACUGGAUGGUCCGUUAUGUGCCCUAUUUCAAGGAUAAGGGCGACAGUAAUAGCUCAGCUGGCUGGAAGAACUCCAUCCGACACAACCUAUCCCUCCACACACGUUUUAUCAGGGUGCAAAAUGAGGGAACAGGGAAGAGCUCUUGGUGGAUGCUGAACCCAGAUGGAGGAAAGAUGGGCAAGGCCCCCCGCCGGCGAGCUGUCUCCAUGGACAACAGCACAAAAUACCUAAAAAGCAAAGGUCGCAUCAGAGGCAAAAGGAUUGGCCGCCCUGGGAUAGGGGCAGGGUCUGCCGUGGUAGGGCUCCAGGGCUCGCCCGACCAUGGCAGCCCACCACGGAAAGGCCUUCCGGGAUCUGGAGGAGCAUCAGGGACAGAUGGAGAGUUUGACGCUUGGACAGAACUCCAUUCCAGAGCCAGUUCAUCAGCCUCUACCUUGAGUGGGCGUCUGUCACCGAUCCUUGCAGAGGGUGAGCCAGAGGAACCAGAGGAGGGUGGUCUGUCCUGUUCCACCUCCCCUCACCUCUACCCCUCACCGACCAGUGCCCGCUCUCCUUCUAUGGGGGCAGGGAAUCGCUGUCCUCCCUUGGAGCAGCUGCCUCAGCUGGCUAACCUGACAGGUGCUAUCAGUCUGGAUGAGCAACUGAUGGAGGACAGCUAUCAUCACCAUCACCCACCUCAACAGCAACACCAGCAGCACCCAGCUGUGGGCAGACAUAAGCACCAAACCCCCGUCUACCACUACAGCUCCGGAGUGAAGGGGCAGAGCCCCUAUGGUGCAGGCGUCUAUGGUGCAACAGGCAUGGGGAUGUUGUGCCACCACUCACCCAUGCAGACCAUUCAGGAGAACAAGCCAGCCAGUUUCUCUGGAACCAUGCGGACGUACUCCAACACCAAUGCCCUACAAAGUCUGCUAACAGGGGGUCCAGCUGGGCAGCAAUACUGUUCCAAGGACAUGAUGCUAGGGCAGGAGAGGGAAAGCCAUCCUAUGAUGAGUCAAGCUAGUAAUGGCGUAGGAUCCAACCAUCACAGCCACCACCCUGGCCACCACAAUGGCCACCACAAUGGCCACAGCCACAGCCACAAUGGACCUCUUAGUCACAGCUCAGCUCAUAGCCAUAACAGAACUCACAGCCAUACUCAUAGUCACAACAAUGUAACCAAUCACAACCACAACUCACCUCAUAGCCUCGCUCACAACGGUCACAACCUCAGCCAGAGCCAUAACCACACAUCGCCCCGGGCUGCGGCCCUGACCCCACGUGGCAACACUAAUCAGCUGCACACCUACAAUCACAAAGCUCCCUACCUGUACAGCCCCCCGUCACAUGCCCACCUUCCAGCCUCCACCACCCUCCCUCCAAACCCAGCAGGUAUGCUUGGCAUGCCCCAGGACUCCUGCCAUGUGGCCACCGCCCCACACCCCCGUCACAACCAUUACCCCGACCCACAACACCAAGGCAUGACUAACGGACCAUACCACCAUGGCCAGGGGAUGGUGAAUGGUAGUGUUGGUAGCAACUACCAUGGCUAUCACCAACCACACCCCCAUGAGAGACUACCGGCUGACCUGGACAUUGACAUGUUCCACGGUAGCUUGGACUGUGAUGUGGAGUCCAUCCUCCUCCAUGACAUUAUGGACUCCGGGGAGGAGAUGGACUUUAACUUUGACUGCUCCCUAGCCCAGGGGGUGGGCAUCGGCAUGGGUAUGGGCAUGGGUGUGACCAUGGGGAUGGGAAUGAGCGGUCUGGCCGGCCCACAGCAAGCCCAUAGCAACCAGAGCUGGGUGCCUGGCUGAAGCCUACAGCACAUCCUACCCUCUGAAAGAACUACCCUCCCCAUGAAGCACUGUGCUCAACUGUGACAUUCCUGACUUGACACGGAGACCAUAGGACCAACACUCCCGUCUCUCUUUGUUGUCUUGACAAUUCUUCUGUCACCCUAUCCUCUUUUGAUUUCCCCUCCCCACGAGAGAUCUAGUUCAUGUCACAUUUGGUUUUUCUCCAUAUCAGCUAUACUGUGAUGACAAUCUCUCAGCUGUGCUUGCCCAACAUCGCUUCUCAUCUAACAUGAGAACUGAACUCUCAAUGCACUUUAUUGCAAGUGGGUCACAUCUCGCAGUGCAAGGCGUUCACAGAGCAGCUCAGGCAGAGCUUGGCAUGUUUUGCAAGGUGGCUGCAGCACCUGACGGUAACAAAUGAGGAAAUCACAAGCUCCGCUGAUAAAGUGUCAGAUCUUGGCAUUGAUUUAAAAUUAGACUCCCUUUUUCAUAUGUUGUUGUUGUCACUGUGGGGACAGUAAAUUUAGCUUUGUGAUCAGAUGCUUGGAUUUUCAAAUUCAGUGUUAGCUCAAAACUUUAGACAUUGCUUGUUCUUUAUCACUCACCAAGCUUUAAAAUAUGAAUGGCUAAAAUACUAUUAGAUUUAACCAGAAUUUGACACUGUAAUAGAUGGAUUUAUACAAAAUAUUUAGAUAGAACACUGAUCUAAAACCAGUUUUAAUGAUAAUGACAUUCACAUUCACCAGAUCCAAUUAAUUAUUUAUUGCAUCAGCACUCCUGUUUUUCACAGGCAUUUAGUCCUUGGUGCUCUGACUUUUCUCUUGGAUGUAACAUUUUGUCAAUGCCCUUUUGCCAUUGGUUCGAGAAUAUUGUCACUACACCGCUAAAUGGAUUCUAUCAUUACUGGCAAGCAAGCAAUUUGGUGAAUUAAAAUGCCGUAUCACCUUGUCUACCUGGGCUUCUCGUCCGAGUUCCUCUCUCUCUCCUUCUCAAUGUCUCUCUCUCUCGGCCUGCCAGUGGAGACAAAGUGACCAUUCCUCACACCGAGCCAUUAAUGUGGCUUGAUUGAAAUUCAGCAUCUUGCUUUUAAUCUCCAAAGUGAUGCGGCAGCGAUGCGUCAUUAUUGAGAAUCUAACGCGUUGUCCUCCCAUCUCUCACCCCGGCUGCCCGGGCCGCCGCUCGCCUCUUCAACUUAAUGUGCCAAGAAAGCGAGACAAAACUGUGAUUAACGCCAAGUCACUCUGCCUGCUGUCCUGCUCUGAGAAGGGCCAAUGUCACUGCCCACUUGCCUGCUCACAGAGGGUACAAAAAGGAAAAGAUGGAGACAAGAUAGAACAGGAGUCUAUUGUUACGGUGGGAUCAAUCAUUAGCCUCAGUUUCCAUGCUCUUUGGGUGUGUGUGUCUGAAAACAGGUAGUGUAUUCGUAUUGUAAAUCAUCUCCAUUAUCUGUAUUUUGUGUUCCCCUGCUCCCAUGUUUUCAGUGCUUAUACCCUGAGCUUCAAACACUCAAACAGGUGCAAAGGGAGAGAUUUAAGGAGAAAACAAUCAGCCAAUCUGAAUGGCAUGACAGAGUUGUAAUGCCCCACAGCCAUCCACAUCCACUUUUUGUGUGUUUAUUCUGUUGUCUUGUAGUUGUUGUUGUAUUGUUGAAAUUCUAAGGACCAACGAGGACAGCGCUGAAAUAUCCAUGUUGUAAGGAUGGAAUUCAAUGGUGAAAUGAUGUUGGUUGUGCAGUUUGACCUUCCUAUGCUCCGAUACCGUGCACCCCUCCCACAUGUGCUCUGCUCAACUGUCUCUGUGUUUGUGAGUGGGGAAGUCUGAAGCUUGUUUUUCACUGGCCUUGGGAGAGAAAAAAAGAGGACACCCCCAUUCUCUAGUUCCCUCAAGGAGACUCUGUGCUU